AUGUUUCGGGGUCCGCGUCUUGCAGCGGAGGGACAUUCGUCCUCUGACGAGGUGGAAGACAUGUCGGCCCCAGGCCUUGUGCAGCAACUGCGAAGGUGGGCACUCACUUUGACUCUUGGGCUUGUUGCUGCUCUAGCCGUUCACCUUGCACGGGUGUUUCCUUGGUACCGCUUGUAUCUUGGCAAGUCUCCGCUCUGGUCGUUGCAGCAGGUUGCUUUGCAGCCCGUGUCCAACGAAGGUUUGUGCUUCAGUCCCAACAGUGCCGCUCUAAGGACAGCAGAUGCCGCCUCAACAGCACCAAUUGGCUCGUACGUCACAGCCGGCUUGGAUGAUGGGCGAUGCUUCCACUAUGCUUCUCGCUUCGAGCCUUACCUGAAUCACGACUGGAAAAACACAUACAUCACCAAGACGCAAGAACGCCUCGGUCUGCAAGAUCACACAAUUGUGACGAAUGACCUGAUUUGGUACUCGAAUCUCUUGGCUGAGCACGAGCCGAGUGCGUACCCCCACAUCGAGUGGUCGAAAGCAACAAGGCCUUCUUCGUGUCCGACUCGCAAGCUGUCGAGCUCACCAAGUAAUGCUUCGACCAGAGAAAACAAGAUAUCUCGAGUCGCUUUUCUCCUUCGCUGCUACCAAGGUUUCGAUUGGACGCAAGACGCUGUUCUUCACAUGCGCGCCCUGAUCUGGGAGUUGCGCACAGCCCGCCUCGCCUUCGAUGUCGACGUUCACCUCCUUCUGGAGGUCAAGGAGGCGGCGUCGCACGUCUCCAUGUUCAGUGCUGCCGGGCGAAGACAAAUUCUUCGUGGCAGCAUCCCGAUUGAGUUCUGGUCCAUGGUCACGCUCUGGAACGAGAGCGAGAUGCUACUGCGCUAUCCGUUAUAUGGAGACUUACGAGCGGGAAUUGCGGCAGCAGGAUCGUAUCGUGGCUGUCUUCUAGCGGUGCAGCGAUUCGCCGUCGAGCAUCCAGAAUACGACAGUGUCAUCAACUGGGAGAUGGACACGCGCUUCACUGACACCUACGAUCAUCUCUUAGCGGCGGUCCAGAAGUACGCGUUCCGGCAUCAAGCACAAACAUAUACCAAGUGGCCGGUAAAGGACCGCGAAGAAGAUGCGUCUGGAAUUGGAGAGCAGUGUAAGGACAAGACGCCUGACGUGGUGGUCUUCUCGCCCGUACGAGAUCCACAGGAUUCCGGGUGGUAUUGGGAGUACGACGUGCAGGGAUAUGCAGGUAUGGAGUCUACUACGCGUGCAGCUUCGGUGGGCACCAAUCUGUGGCUCAGCAGGCGGGCAUUGAUGGCGCUGGAGAAUGUGACGGCAACGCAGCAUCAAUCCCUGUUUUGCGAGGCGAUAGUGCCAAGUUUAGUCUUCCGUUCAACAGCGCUUUCGCUAGAGACCAGCGAUGAUUACUGCACCGAGCACUUCAAGCUAGUGCACUAUCCGCAUCCGAUGGCUUUCCAAUACCAAGCGCCGCCAGACCAACUGGAUCGAUUGCUGAAUCCAUCAAGCGCAAAACUUGCAAAGCACAACGAAGAGGCGCUCAAGGACACUUCUUACUACUACACUUCCACCAUCGCAGGACAAUUGUACGGGAGGUGGCAAACGGAGACGAAGGCUUGCAUCAAGCCUCUACUGCUGCAUCCGAUCAAGAGCCCGGCAAGGUCGUCGGAAGCGCCGCGUCGCAGCAGCAAGAUUCUCACCGGCUGGUUGACAGGCGAAGGCUCACUUCAUCUGUGCUACGCAAGCGCAGAUCAACAGUGCUCGGACACAAUCCGAGCAGACGUCCAGCGGUAUUUGGGCCGGAAACUUGACCGCCGUAAUCUGGCCGAGCCAUCUGCAAUCUCUUCUCACGACACUCAGAAUGACUAUCGACGAAGCAUCGACUCCGAACAGGAGCUUCGACCCAUCUGGGUCCAAGCUCCCGACCCCGAACACACCUCCGGCUAG